GAACUGAAAGAUUAAACGCUUGAACAUGAAACAUAGUAUGUCUAGAAAUUAAUAUAAAACAGAAAAAUCAUUAAGGUGCAUAAAUUCGCAGGAUCACAGCACGCGGUCUUUCGUUUAGUUCUCCUGCAAAUUUCGGUUAAGAUAUUUUCGCUAUCUGAUCCUGAAGGAUAUAUUAUACAUGUAUAUAUUUUGAAAUAUCGGUUCUAGAACUCUGUUAAAAUCGAUAAUUUACGAACAAUAUUUUGUACAGUGUAUUGCAACGAACAUUGAUUUUCAUGAAUAACCCCCGAGGCUUAUCCGUGUUUUAAAUUUAGAACAAGUUUAAAGCGUUCUACUUCAAACAGUUCAAUUGUGAAUUGUGUUAGUUUAUAUAGUUUUAAAAAAAAGACAUGAUAAAAUACGUAAAUGAGAUUGAGACGGAAUGACGCUUCCAAUACGAGGUUACGUAAAAAUAAACAAGGACAUUGUAGUGAAAUGGACGAUUUGGAAUGCUUUGUUGUCACCGAGCAGUUGGCCACCAGUAGGAAAUACAAGUUAUGUAAAGGAAGAGUUAAAACCAUCUUGCUUGCCUUCUUUAUUGCAUCAACGAUCGCCCUAGCUCUCGCAGUCAUCGUCAUUUUAAUCAAACAUAGCGACACAAAUCCGAAAGGUCCAAACACACAAAGUGCAGAUGGUGUGUGCCUCACUCCGGGAUGUGUCAUUGCAGCUGCACGUGUCAUGAGCGCAAUGGACAUGAAUGUAAACCCAUGUGACGACUUUUACAAUUUCGCCUGUGGCACGUGGGUACGACAGCACGUGAUUCCAGAAGACAAAAGUUCAUUCGGGACAUUUACAAAACUCAGGGAUGACGUAUCUGUGAUAUCAAAAUCUGUUUUAGAGGCUUCAAAUAAGGCAGAUGAUGCAGAAGCUAUAAAGAAGUCAAGAAAUUACUACAAAGCCUGUAUAAAUGAAGAUAAAAUUGAAGAGCUUGGCUUGACAUACAUUCAAAAGUACAUGGAUGGGUUCGGUGGUUGGCCAGUUCUCGGAUCAAACCCUGGAGGAAACUGGAAUUCUAGCGACUAUAACAUAGAAGAUCUACUCAUUUACUCUAGGAAGGGAACUAAUUACUUACCUCUGAUUGAUGUAGGUGUAACACAGGACGACAAACACCCCACGAAGCAUAUACUUUAUAUUGAUCAGCCAGAUCUCGGCAUGCCAAGUCGAGACUAUUAUUUAAAGGGGAGAGAUGACAAAACAUUGAUGGCUUAUCAGACAAUGAUACAAGAAAGCGCUGUUGCCUUUGGAGCUGACGAGACCACCGCGGCAAAUGACGCCAAGGACAUUGUCGACAUGGAAAUUGAACUUGCAAACAUAACUGUGCCUAAAGAAGAGAGGAGAGAUCCCGAGAAACUUUACAACAAAAUGACCCUCGGAGAAUUGAGUAAUAAUUUCACUGGAGUAGACUGGAAGAAACUUGUCAAGGGAACCAUGCAGAUUAUUGGCUUAUCUAUUGACGACUCUGAACCUGUUCUUGCCAUUGCCCCGCCGUUCUUAGAGAAGAUAGGAGAUCUUCUAACUAAAUAUUCAUCCCGAGUUAUUGUCAACUAUGUUUUGUCGAGGCGAGUUUUAGGAAAAACAUUCUAUCUUCCGAAGGUUUUUACUGAUAUCAAAUUAAAAUACAGAAAGGUUUUGUCUGGAUCUGCAACUGAAUCUCCGAGAUGGCAGUCUUGUGGUGACAAUGUUAAAAAUACGAUGCCGGAAGUUGUUGGGCGAUUGUUUGUGGAAGAUGCAUUCAGGAAAGAAGCAAAGAAAGACGUUUUAGACUUGGUUGGUAAAUUGAGGGUAUCAUUUAAAGGAAUGAUUGACGACCUACCAUGGAUGGAGAGUGCCACUAAGCAAGUUGCAAAGGAAAAGGCAGAUUUUAUCGAGCCUAGAAUAGGCUAUUCAGAUGUAGUGUAUAACGAUAGCGCCUUGAAUGCUAUGUAUGAAAAUGUGACCGUAUACACGGACGAUCCGUUACGGACUCUUAUCAGCGCCUCCGAAGCUGCCGUCAUUAAACGUCUUUAUGAUCUCAGAAAAGACGUAGACAAAAAUGAUUGGGACAUGUCUCCCGCAACUGUGAACGCCUAUUACAACCCGGAAACCAACCAGAUCACGUUCCCCGCCGCAAUUCUUCAGCCACCGUUUUAUUCCCACGACCAGCCAGCGUAUCUCAAUUAUGGCGGCAUCGGAUAUGUCAUAGGUCAUGAAAUAACACAUGGUUUUGAUGAUCAAGGUCGACUCUAUGACAAAACUGGUAAUUUGCAUAGUUGGUGGUCAGACACGGAUGCUGCAAAAUUUAAAGAACGUGCUCAGUGCAUCAUUGACCAGUAUAGUAACUUUACAGUUCCAGGAACCGGAGGAAUGACUUUGAACGGCGUCAACACACAAGGUGAAAAUAUCGCUGAUAAUGGAGGAAUCAAAGAAAGCUACUAUGCAUAUCGUGAGUGGAUUAAAGCAAGUCGUAAUGGAAAAGAAGAGGAUAUGUUACCUGGAAUGAACUAUACAUCUAGUCAACUUUACUUCUUAAAUGCAGCACAGAUUUGGUGUGAUGAAUCUAGAAAUGAAGAUAAAAUAUUGUCUAUUUAUACAUCAAGACAUAGUAUAACAAAAUACAGAGUAUACGGACCGAUGCAAAACUUUGACGAAUUCUCAAAGGCAUGGAACUGUCCUGUUGGGUCGUACAUGAACCCGGCAAAGAAGUGCGCCGUUUGGUAGUCACGUGAUACGUUGAGGAGUGGCAACGUUUGUUUUUGCUUUAAUCGCCUGCGAUAGCUUUGAACUAUUCCGUGGGCUAUGGACCCUGAUGAUAGAAUUAUAAAUAAAAAACCUUUAUAUUGAUAUAUUUUUUGCGCUGUAAAUAACUUGUAAGAUAAAUUUUUGAUAAAGAA